AUGGCUCAACUGAUCGGCGAAGGCUACGUUGAAAAUUGGAAGUCCAACAAUGCCGUCCCCAGAGAGAGGGAGCUUACCACACACAACGACAAGCCAACUAGUCAACUGGUCACACCUGAUGGUUUUAUUGACACCAAUGGGAGGAUAGAGCUGCCUUCGUCGUCUGUGCUCCAAAGCCAGUCUCACUCAAACUCGUCGAUAUACCCACCUGUACCUGACGAAGUUAUUGGUUCACCUUCCUCCGCAAAGUCAUUUUCAAGCACUGCACCGAAGCUUCAAAUUAUAACAGAUCUGCGUUCCGUGCCAAACUCGCUUAACAGUCAAACCCCAACUCCGUAUUCCGACACGCUAUUGUCUGUGCAGGACUCGAUGGCGAGCCCACCAAACCAAAAGAACUCUGAUGAACCACUGCUCGGGUCCCUGAGGAGAAGCAUAUCUGAGCCCCCCAAGAGGGAUCGACCUCGUUCUGCUGGCAGUCCUCGUUCUCAGGAAGACUAUCCCACUAUACCUCAGCUUAUUGAGCCUCAGCCUUCAAUUACACCUGCACGAACUCCGAUAACACCGAUGUUGGCAAGAUCAUCAUCUAGACGAAAGGCAGAUGUCUUCGUUGCUCAUAAUCCAUUCAUUGGUCACAGACACGGAACUAAACAAACCGGUAAGCAGGAGCUUACGUUCGACGAUAUCCCAACUCCAGGUCCGUUUUCACACUCCUUUGGGACCAGUGUGGAAGAUCCCCGUGGUGUCACGCCCGUUGAGCCCCAUAAUUUUGAAUAUCAGACACCUAUUUCACGGUCGCAUUCCCGCCGAAUCUUUCGCCCAAAUGACAUAAACCAUAAUACUCCCUCCAAGGUACAGGUUUCUGCAAGUGAACCUGUGGAAUUCAAUGUUGUGCGCUCUCAGUCUUACAGCGCCAAAACAAAUCGGGUUAGAAGAAACCAUAUUCAUCCAGACGAAGAAGCGAUUUCUUCAUCUAUACAGCGACCGACUCAAGUCGGGAUCUCAAGAAACUCAGGGUCCGGUGCCCCAGAUGCCUUGCUCUCUCUUCCAACAGUCAUCGAUAAGAACAGUUCCUACCGCGGAAAGUCAGAUGAUCAAAUUGUUCCAAGUGAAAAGACGUCUGAAAUUGAAACUUCUGCGUCUAUCAUUCGGACAGAAAGCCGUGAUUCCUCGAAGGAUGACCCGGAGAAAGGAAGCAUAGAAACCGAUGAACAUUCGUCACCGCAAACUCUUUGGUCUCGAUUCAGAGUUACUCUUGGUAACAUUCUCCGCCGGCCUGCACCUGUUGUCAGCGAAGAGACAGAGUUCCAAAAAUCUCUUACCGCCACAACAGCUAGUUUUAUCGCAACAACACUGCCUAAACAGGUGUAUUUACAUCUCUUGCUUCGCCUUCCACUGCUUUACUUUUCCCGGGUGUCACGAAUUUUUGAGGAAGCCGACAUGACCUUACCCGAGAUCAAGAGGAUGGCUCUGGAGACACCCGUCGCAGCUAGUAAAUGGAGAGCUAUUGAUCUCUCUAUAUAUGACAGAGCUUUCGAUGUUCCUCUUGAAUAUCAAAGGCUGAGUUCAACGUGGGAGUUUUUCAUUGACUCGGUUUUGCGAGAAUGGAAAAUCUUCAACAUUAUUUCUGGUCUUCUUCUAAGUGCCAUCCUUACCAUACUUCAAAUUGACACUGCUGCUCAGAACCCAGUCACCAGAUAUACCGCAUUAUUUUCGCUAAUUUGCUCGUUAAUAAGUUUGCUCUUUGGAUGCAUGUACAUUAUUCGGUUUGGAACGAUGCGCAAACCUUACAAGGCUGCGGAAUGGGCACUUGAAGCACGAAAUGAAUCUAUGAUAUGGUGGAACGUCUGGGUGCUCCUUGCAAUGCCUGCCAUUUGGCUUACUUGGUCCAUUGUUCUUUACAUUGCCUGCAUCAUGGCCUUCGCCUGGCAGACAACGUCUCAAGAUGAUACACCCCCUUCACCACUUUCUCCAACGACCGUCUUAGUCGUGCGUGUACUACUAACGAGUGUUCUUGUAUCGGGCGUCAUUUAUGGAAUCCUCAUCGUUUCGACCUUCAGUCGCUACGGGGAAGCGAUGGAUAAAGCUUGGAAAGAAAGGAUAGAUACAUGGGCGGAAGAAAUGGAUGUUGCUACCUCAGCUGAUGGAUCGUCGGAGCACCUCUGGCGCGAGCCCUAUACACCAUCGGCCGAUAUCACACCAUCCAGGCAGGGUCCUGUUUCACCAGGGCUACCUCUUCGAUCUCCUCGAUUACACGCCCAUCUUGUACAUGACGGCAAUCCUGCCGGUACUCCCGACUAUGACACUACUAUAGCCAACAAUCCUGGAUCAAUCCUUGGGAAUAGGGUUGCAAGCUUGCGAGAGAAACGUCGUGUUCGAUUUCGAUCGCCUAAAGAAUCUCCCGUCAAGAAUACCACGACACCCAUGUUCUCUUCAACUCUUAAUGGAAGCGUUAGCGCUGGUGAAGCAGCGAUUGAUUCACCUGAGGAAAAGUCAUAA